AUGAUUAUACGUGACGCUUUUAUUACAUUGGCCUUUGUGGCUACCAUUGCCACCGGAGAGAGUCUCCUUCGAAUUCCCAAAAAAGUGGCGGAUGUGGAAGAAGGGGGUGGAACCGUUGGCAUGGUUCGCACAGCCAACAAUAGAGCCCAUUUCCGACAGCUCGAUUCCGAAUCGAGCGAUUCAGAGGAUACUGGUAGCACUUCCAGCGAUUCGGGCGACUCUGGCGACUCUGGCGACUCUGAGUCUGGAAAUACUACUACUACUACCGAAGAGUCGGCACCGCUCGAAUUGGAAGCCAAUUGGUGGGAGAACAUUGACACUGACGAGUUUAUGCAAGAUCCGCUGGGAUUCCUCAGUAGCAAUGCAACGGCGUUCAAGGAUGGUGAAGACGAAGAUGACGAAGAUGAUACUUCAGGCGACCUUAUCGAACCAGACGAAAGCACUGAUUCCGGAGACGGAGACGUUGGUUCUCAGAACUUUUGGGAUCAAAUUUGGAACGACAUACAGACUGAUAACAACUUGACUCCGGAGGACGAGGAGAUCUUGGAUCAUCUUGACGAAAGCAACAAUCCAUUUGGUGGAUGCUUGGACUUGUCAAGCAAGCAAUGGAGCUUUAGAAUUACAAAGAAAAACUUGUGGGUAAACCGUGGUAUAUGUAUAUGA